AUGGCAGAACUGGGAUCCGUGAAGCGCUUUGUCGCUGAUCCGCCAGAAGCAGAGCCCGAGAGGAAGCGCCGUCGCAUCCCUCUACAACAAGUAGUGCGAGAGCUACAAGCAGCUGGGCUGUCCCAGCCUGCACUGAAGUUCGUGCAGGAAGUGGACAAGCGGAGGAGGCUUGAGGGCCCUGAGCUCACGAUGCUGAAGCGUGAUGCGCAGGAGUUGCCCGUGAUGGACGCGACAAAGAGACGACGGAUAUUCUCACAGCAAGUGCCCGUCCUGAACGUUUCGAAAUGCCGCGUUGCUGAGGAGCUGACACCACAGAGUGGCGCCAUCGUUCCCUUCAAGCGCCCUCAUCAGUUCCAGCCAGUCCAGAGCACAAAUGCUAGUGUACAGCUGCUUUUAUCGGGUGUGACUGGACUUACACAGUUGACCAUGGACUGCCACGGAACCAUCUUCGAGGUCUAUGACCACGGCUUCAUGCUGACGGAACUGCCGAGGGGUUGGCAGCCCAUUGUGAACUCGUCGGGUCGACUGGCGAGGGUCGCCAAGGUCGCAUUGGACCCUCACGGCACCGCAUACUUCUUGUCUGAGGAAGGUGAGCUGUUGAUGAUGGUGUCUGCCGUGCGAUAUUUGGAGCGAGCAAGCUCCAGCGACGAGGAGUUGAAGCUAGAGUUUGUUGACAAGACAAAACUUCCUGCUGAUGUUCGUUUAGACCUUGACCUGGACGAGAAUUUCAGCCCGUCCACCUUUGCACCGUCACCAGCAGAGAUGGCCACGGAUGACGAGGCAGACAGCAUUGGCGGCAAACGCUGUGCUCGUGCGAGAUGUCCAGCGCUGACAGCUUUAAUUCCUGACCACAUCAUCAGGUCCACGCACUCCGUGAGCCUCAACCAGCGCGAUGCCUUCGCUGACAGAACCUGUGUGAAAGAUGCUCCAGAGUACUUCACUCCGAACCAGAGAGCAAUCGGUCGUGCAGUGGCGUUCCUGACUACCAUCGUGCUCAUUGUGCAAGAUUUCCUCCUGAACAGACGUAUCUUCGACAUCAUUCACGAUGAUUCGCCGGUCACCAAUGCCAUCCGCAAGUGGGGCCGUGUACAGUUGCUGGCUAUGCAGAGCGGAUCAUCGGAAGGAGUUGUGCGAGAAAUCGUUCAGAGCAUGGGCCCAGACUUCGUCAACUUCAUACUUUGCAGGAGUUUUCUCAGCUUCUUCCCUUCUCUCCUGCAGCAGUUGAUGCUGCCUGAAGCCCCUCCUCUCGGAGCUGAUGAGGGCGUCUCGGCAGGUAAGUCCAAGUCGGGCCUUGCCAGGCCAGCUGCCAGAUCUGAUGCUUGGCCUCAAGAGGAUGGGCGCGAGGGCGCACCUCCAAUCUCUUGGAUUUUGCGCUUCCUCCAGCAGAGGAAUGAGGCCAAGAUGCAGAAAGUCACAGAGCCCGAGCUUCUCCCGCUUGUGGUUCCGAACAUGCUCGCUGCCCUUACAGAGCGAUCGAGGACAUUUGCUCACUCGUUGCUGCACAAGCUCAAGGUAUGUGCUGCCGCAGCUGGAGCUGGCUGUGUGGUGUACGCUGCAACGCUUUUCCGCGGCUUCGGCAAGAAGGCCUUGCUUGAGAGUCUGGCCUCGGGGGGGCUGGGCGUCCUGGUGAAAGACGGGGAGGAGAGCCGAAAGAAGGCUCGUCUGGCGGCGGUCCUGGGCCUGCUCAGUGCAGGCGGUGCAAUCGUGGUCGGGAUGUCCUUCGAGCGCUUCAACCGUCGUCCGAAGGACCCCAGGAGUCUUCAGCCAUCGACAGAUCGGCCUUUCGAGCCCGAGCGCGAAGCAUCUCCUCCAAGCUCAGAGGUGUUCUGA